AUGCAAUCGAUGCUAUUCAUUAUAUGUGAAGCAUUGUGCUUCUUGGUCUUCCCAAUCUCAUCCGAAAUUAUUAACGCGUGGCCAAAACCACGAACCUUUUCAUGGCCCAAACCGCAGGCCACGCUGGUCUCCCCCGCCUUCACCAUCGCUGCCCCCAACCACCCACACCUCUCCGCAGCCGUCAAACGCUACCUCCACCUCGUCCACACCGAGCACCACUCUCCCCUUGUCACCCCCUCCGUCAAUCUCACACCCUCCAACGAUCCCUUGCAGACCCUUUUCAUUGCAGUCUCCGAUCUCGCAGCCCCACUCCACCAUGGAGUCAACGAGUCCUACACUCUCGCAAUUCCCUUAUCAGGGCCUGCCAAUCUGACGGCUGAGACCGUGUGGGGCGCCAUGAGAGGCCUCGAGACGUUCUCGCAGCUCGUUUGGGGCGACCCUUCACGCGUGGCUGCGGGGCUCUACGUUUGGGACGCUCCGCUCUUUGCGCACCGCGGGGUUAUGUUGGAUACUUCUAGGAACUAUUACCCAGUGGAGGACAUACUGAGGACGAUUGGGGCGAUGAGUGCCAACAAGCUGAACCUGUUCCAUUGGCACAUCACGGAUUCGCACUCGUUCCCGCUGGUGGUGCCGUCGGAGCCUGAUCUGGCGGGUAAGGGGUCUUACGGCCCUGAUAUGCAGUACUCUCCCGAUGAUGUGACGAGGAUUGUGCAGUUUGGUCUGGAGCACGGGGUCAGGGUUCUCCCAGAGAUCGACUCGCCCGGCCAUACAGGAUCAUGGGCAGAAGCCUACCCCGAGAUUGUGACAUGUGCAAACAUGUUCUGGUGGCCAGCAGGAAGCGAGUGGAAAGACCGCCUUGCCUCUGAACCUGGAACCGGCCAUUUGAACCCCUUGAACCCCAAGACCUACCAAGUCCUGAAAAAAGUCAUCAACGAUGUGGCCACCUUAUUCCCAGAGCCAUUCUUCCACUCUGGAGCAGAUGAGAUCAUCCCUGGUUGUUGGAAAGCUGAUCCAGCCAUCCAAUCCUUCCUAUCAAAUGGUGGAACUCUCAGUCAGCUCCUCGAGAUCUUUGUCAACUCAACUCUCCCUCAUAUUCUAUCCCUUAACCGAACCGUGGUCUAUUGGGAAGAUGUUCUAUUGGAUGACAACGUGAAGGUGCCAGCUACAGUUCUUCCCAGAGAGCACACCAUCUUACAAACAUGGAACAAUGGCCAUAAUAAUACCAAACGGAUUGUUUCUUCUGGAUACCGGGUCAUAGUGUCAUCCUCUGAGUUCUAUUAUCUCGAUUGUGGACACGGUGAAUUUCUAGGGAAUGACAGUCAAUAUGAUCAACAAGCAGGAGAUAACUCAGGAAAUGGUGGCUCAUGGUGUGGACCUUUCAAAACAUGGCAAACCAUAUAUAACUACGAUAUAACAUAUGGGUUGAGUGAGGAGGAGGCCAAGCUAGUGCUAGGUGGGGAGGUGGCACUGUGGUCCGAACAAGCAGACACUACAGUUUUAGAUGCAAGAAUUUGGCCAAGAGCUUCAGCAAUGGGAGAGACACUGUGGUCUGGUAACCGGGAUGAAGAGACAGGUAUGAAGAGGUAUGCAGAGGCAACGGAUAGGUUGAACGAGUGGAGGUAUAGAAUGGUACGAAGAGGUAUUGGAGCUGAACCACUUCAGCCACUUUGGUGCGUUAGGAACCCUGGCAUGUGCAACACAGUUCAACCCUUUGUUAGCUAGUUUUUUCUGAACAGGAUGUUAUCUUUCUUGUAUGUUAACAAGUAACUCCCUCAUUUGAUUGUCAAGAUAGAAGCAAAAAACCCCAAUUAUAUAUGGCAAUUGGAUCUGCUAUCUCAUCAAAUAA